AUCAUCUUGAUAUCCAUGAUCUCCAGCUUCAGCGCCAUCUUGCACCUCACAGCGCUGUAUCCUCACUUCCAUUGGGCCAUUCGUUUGCCGUUGAGCUUUGGGAUCUGUUUUUGGGGAGCGUACCAGUAUCGUCCGUUGUUUUUUUUUCGAGCUGGCCUCUCGUCAAGUCGCCAAUCAUGCCGGCUCAAUCGCCGUACCCGCCAUUAGAGAUUCCAAAUAUCGAUGUAUGGACUCUUCUUUUCGAGAAUAAGUGGGAGCCUUUCCCUGACGAUCAAGUGAUGCUCGAGGAUGCCGAUACCCUCCGCUCAUACACCUAUUCCCAAGUGAAGUCCACCGCCCUGGACUUUGGAAUGGGUCUAAAGGCCACUUGGGAUUGGCAAAAGGGCGACGUCUUAGCCAUCAUCUCCCCCAACAACAUCGACAUGCCCCCCGUGAUGUGGGGAGCCCAUUGGGCUGGCGGUGUCGUCUCCCCAGCAAACCCGACAUAUACCGUGGAUGAAUUGGCCUUCCAGCUCAAGGGGACAAACGCCAAAGUACUCGUUACCCAAAUGGCGCUCCUGCCCACUGCCACCGCCGCCGCGAAACUGGCCGGGAUUCCUGACAGCCGUAUCAUCCUGCUGGGCGAUGCGCGGGACCCGAGUGCGAAGUUUAAACAUUUCACCUCAGUGCGGAAUAUAUCGAAAUCCACGAGAUAUCGCAAGACGCGCAUCGAUCCAGCGAAGGACCUGGCGUUUCUGUGUUUUAGUUCGGGGACGACCGGUGUACCUAAGGGCGUUAUGCUGUCGCAUCGCAAUAUCGUUUCGAAUAUCCUACAGUUUACUGCUGGAGAGCUGGGGAACCUGAGCUGGGAUAGGGAUAAAGUGUUGGCUUUUCUACCAUUCUUCCACAUAUACGGGUUGACCUGCAUCAUUCACAAAUCCAUGUACACUGGCUUGCAUCUGGUAGUAAUGUCCAAAUUUGACAUCGAAAAAUGGUGCGCCCACGUCCAGAAGUUCCGCAUCACCUUCUCCUACAUCGUACCUCCCGUCGUCGUCCUCCUCGCAAAACACCCCGUCGUUGACAAGUACAACCUCUCCUCCCUGAGACUUUUGAACUGCGGUGCGGCGCCGCUCAGUCGUGAGCUCGUCGAAGCCAUGUCCACCCGCAUCAAGACGGGUGUCAAGCAGGGCUACGGUCUCAGCGAGACGAGCCCCACAACCCAUACGCAAACAUGGGCGGAUUGGGACAAAUACAUCGGCUCAGUUGGCCGCUUGCUACCGAACCAGGAAAUCAAGUAUAUGACUUCGCCUGACGAUGGCUGCGAGCCUGUCGAGCUGCCCAUUGGACAGACAGGAGAGAUCUAUAUCCGUGGCCCCAACGUCUUUCUUGGAUACUUGAACAACCCAGAGGCGACGGCGCAGUGUCUUUCCGCCGACGGCUGGUUCCGCACCGGUGAUGUCGGGCAUCAGGACGAGCAUGGCAAUCUAUACAUAACCGAUCGCGUCAAGGAGCUCAUCAAAUACAAGGGGUUCCAGGUUGCCCCGGCGGAGCUUGAGGGUAUUCUUAUGGAGAACGAGGCGAUUGAUGACGCUGCGGUCAUUGGCGUUGAGAGCGAAGAGCAUGGCUCUGAGGUACCCCGCGCCUACGUUGUGUUGAAAGACAAAGCUGCGGGGCCCACGGCAGAGAAGGCGGAAGCGGAGAAGAUCAUGAAAUGGCUUGCGGGUAAAGUGGCUCCUCAUAAACGGCUGCGCGGAGGGGUGAGGUUCAUCGACGAGAUUCCUAAAAGCCCCAGUGGGAAGAUCUUGAGACGUACACUGAAGGAACGGGCGGAAAAGGAGAACGCUGAUGGUCGGAUGAAGGCCAAGCUGUAGCCCAUCCUAAUUUUCCUUUGGACAUUUCAUUCUUUCGUCUUCCUUUUUGCGCGAAGCUUUUAGUUUCCAGGCUAAUAAAUUUAGCCUGUGGCCUUUCGAUUCGGUGAUCCUGGUUAGUUUGCGUGCGAUUUUUAGAGGUAAAGAUUCUAGAGUAGAG